CACGCGAUCAGAGACCGACGCGUUUUUAACCGGAGCAGUCGCGUGCACCUUCGUUACUCGUUCAUUCAUCAGUUUUGAGAAAAGAUCGUUCUCGAGCUUAAAGAAUUAUGGACGGAAACGACGAUGACGGUGUGUUCCAGCAGAGAUCGUUCGGGGCGAUCGAUUGCGCCGUGUUUGCGGGAAUGCUCGCGAUCUCGGCUCUGAUCGGUGUCUACGAGGCGUACAAGGCGCGGAAAAACGUAGAUGCUGUGCGAGAGUACUUGGUCGGAGGGCAGAACAUGUCAAUUUUUCCUAUAAGCAUGUCUCUGAUAGCUAGUUACAUAUCGGGAAUAACAAUACUCGGGCUGCCCGCGGAGAUGUACGUCUAUGGGACCCAAUUCUGGUGCGCCGUAAUCGCCGACUCGUUCGUCUCGUUAACCAUGGCCGUGGUCUAUCUCCCUGUGUUCUACGGCCUCGGCAUCACUUCCUCUUACGAGUAUCUGAAGCUGCGUUUCGGCGAGGCCGUCCGACUAUUGGGUUCCAUCAUGUUCAUGCUAAAAAUGCUGCUCUACAUCCCGCUGGUGAUAUACGUACCCGCGCUGGCCUUGAAUCAGAUUACCGGGCUAAACCUGCACGCAACAGCUCUGGUCGUCUGCGCUGUCUGCAUAUUUUACACUACUCUAGGUGGGCUGAAGGCGGUCGUCUGGACCGACGCCAUCCAGACGAUCGUGAUGUUCGGCGGUGUGAUAGCGAUCGCUGUGAUCGGGACGAAUAACGCUGGAGGAUUCUCGCGGGUCUGGGAGAGGAACCGUCUAACUGAUCGAAUCGAAUUCUUCGUUAUGGACAUGGAUCCGACGGUGCGACACACCUUCUGGACCGUGGUCGUCGGCAACUACUUACACUGGCUGGCCAGUUGCUCGGUGAACCAAGCGAUGGUGCAGCGAUGCCUGGCCAUGCCUAAUCUGAGAAAAGCGAACGUAACGGUCGCCAUAAUGGCCAUUGGCAUAAUCACCAUCGUUUCAUUGAGCUGUUACACCGGUCUUGUCAUCUUCGCCACGUUCCAUGACUGCGACCCCAUCACGACAAAGCAAAUAGGAAAGCCGGACCAGUUGUUGCCGUUUUUCGUGAUGCAGAUGGCCGAGUCGAUCCCAGGUUUGCCGGGGCUGUUCGUCGCUGGAGUUUUCUCCGCAGCCCUCAGCACCAUGUCCACCGGACUGAACUCGAUGGCCGGUGUGAUCUACGAGGACCUGAUAAAACCGUGGUUGAAGGUUCCUCUCUCGAACGUGGCUGCUAGCCGAGCGAUGAAAGGGAUGGUGCUGAUUACGGGUACGCUCUGCGUUGGCUUGGUCUUUCUGGUCGAGAAACUCAGCGGCCUUAUUCAAGCGGGUAAAAGCUUGUCGGGGAUCACCGCUGGACCGCUGCUCGGGAUCUUCACACUAGGAAUGUUCUUCCCCAUGGCAAACUCCGCGGGAGCUCUGGUCGGCGGUCUCAUUAGCUUGAGCUUAGUAGCGUGGAUCUCGUUGGGCACCCAGGCUGCUAUCUCCAAAGGGAAUAUCCUCUUUCCCGUGAAACCGAUAUCCGUCGACGGAUGUCCGAAAUCGCUAAAGAAUCAUGCCGCCAAUUUUACAGUCAUCGUCGAAAACGCAAUCAAGGAGCAGCCGUUCUUCCUGUACAGAAUGUCGUACCUCUGGUACACGUGGAUCGGUUUCCUGACCGCGAUCAUCAUCGGUCUCAUCGUUUCUUUUUUCACCGGGUCAAAUAAGCGUACGCCAGGCGACGAGAAAUUAUACACGCCUGUAAUCCGUGGUUUGCUACGCGACUUAGAUACCAAAAAACGGAAUCAGGAAACUGUUGAGGAAUUAAAAAUGGUCGACCGGGACACGACGCGCGAAUCUUGACGCAACGUGGGCAACGUCGACGUCGACGUGGAAGUAGCGUUCAAAGAUGCAAAUAAAUACACAAGAAAUGUUACAAAAUGGAAAAAAUGUUAAUGCAUACAUCGUUAAAAAUAAAAUAUAAGAAUAUUGAUACGUACAUAAGUCGCGCGCAUAAUAUAAUAAUUAGACUGCGGAUUUUAUGCAGUUAUAAGAAAACUGAGUGUAGACAAAUUAGAAGUAUCACGUGUAAUGAGUAAGACGCGUGUUUAUUAUUGUUUAUUAUUGGAGUACUUCCUCGGCCCCUUAAUUUAGGAAGCUGCAGAAGUUAUAAAAAAUAAGUAUGAAAUAAGAUAAGAAUUUUUCAUAAAAUGUUUGCAUUGUUAAUACAAUAAGUACGUGGCAAAAUGGCAAUCAUAAGACAAUUCAGAACAUCCAAAUCUGAUAUCUGAAUGUUCAAACGAUUAAACAAAUAUUUAUGUAAAACGCAUGUUUUAAACUGAUACCAUAUAUCUUUGUGCAAAUUCCAGUUCUUAUAAAUAAAGUUAAAUAAGGGAAAUGGA